ACAUACACAUUAAAAAUUACACACACACGUACUCACACACACACAUACACACGUACUCACACACACACAUACACACGUACUCACACACACACACACACACUCUUAUAAUUACAGACUUACACAAUUGCAGACAAACUCAUUCUCUACAUCCAUACUGUUUGACCAAUUGCACUCGUGGCCCCAACAAACACCCUCCUCCAAAACGUUUCCUGCCACUGCCCCUGCCCUGCCCUGCACCCCAGCAAAUUUCCCCUCCAUGGAGGACGUCGAGUUAGAAGUACAGACCAUGUACCCAGGCUUCGUGCACCACUUGAACUCCACAAGCAUGCAACAGAAGUCCAACGUGCUGACGGCAAGGUUGCCGUUUGUUGGUAGGGUGCGUCUGCUCACCGACUGUGUGGGCCUGCUCAAGUGCUGUUUUGUCGUGAUCUGCUACGUGUAUGCCGUGUUCGUCUCUCUGGUAGUUAUCGUGCAACCCCAGUAUGACGACGACAACAUGUCGGCCCCUUUUGCAGUCCUUUAUACAUACCUGUGCUUCAAUAUGUUUCUCUCUUUGAUAAUGUCCAUUAUUACCAACCCUGGCCAACUCUACCUCACGCAGGCUCUGGAACCUCUACUCUCAGACACCACCAGUAAGUCAUACUGUAAAACAUGCCACAUGCAUCGUCCACCUCGGUCAUUCCACUGCAGCCACUGUGGUCACUGUGUACGGCGAAUGGAUUUCCAUUACAGUUGGCUGAACAACGUGUCGGUGAGGAUAAUCACCACAUCUUCCUCCUGACAAUUAUAUACACCCUGUUUUUCUGCAUCACUACGCUCAUUUUGACUGUUCUACAUUUCUACUAUUAUCCCAAAUGUAUAACCUGUGAUAAGCAAAUAUUUUACAUAAAACACAGUAUCUGGUUUAUAUACACCCUAAACGUCAUCUUGAUCUACGGCCUGUUCCAAUCCCUCAUCAUGUUCGUCGUACAACAUCUAAACAUAAUUAUGAACCGAACGACUGUGGAGAAUGUAUUAUUAACACCUGUCGUUGA